UUUUACUAGUAUGAGGGCGCCGUCAGUACAGAUAUACUGAUUUCAGAUCAUCAGGUACAGUGUAGCUGUCAGUACAGAUAUACUGAUUUCAGAUCAUCAGGUACAGUGUAGCUGUCAGUAUAGAUAUACUGAUUUCAGAUCAUCAGGUACAGUGUGGCUGUCAAUUACUUCAGGUGCUACAGAGUUGUGGGGCUCUUGAAGUGGUCAGCAUCAACGGAUAGAAAAUGACAAAGGUAGAAGAUUUGCCCAAAAACCAUAUCGCCAGUACAGUGGAGAAAGAAAACACAGACAUCGAGAUAGAGAACACAGGGGAAAAUGGAGCGGGAGAUAUUCCUGCCGAAGACAGUGCAACAGAAGGUAACACAAAGUUAAAAGAAGUUCUGGUCGAAUUAGCGAUGGGCACUACCAUUCAUGGUGUAGCCAAUAUUGUGAGCGCCACAAAGACUUACAAAAAGCUGCUAUGGCUCAGUCUUUGGAUCCUGGCAUUGGUGGGAUACUGUUUCCAGCUGUCACAGAUACAUAACACUUAUACAACGGCGCAAAAGACAACAACAAUGGACUUACAGUUUGGAGUUUUAAACUUCCCAGGGGUGACAUUUUGUAACCUGAAUCCGGUAAAGAAAUCUUUGCUGAGGGAAACACCACUGGACUUGCAGCUAUUUCUUACAAUUUCAGAGUCUGUGAUGAAACUGUAUUCGGAGCCCAUUUCUGUUGAAAUUGACAGAAAUCAUCCUGGCUUUCAGUUCUUGAACAAUUUCGAGAAACACGGAUUUAAUACAGAAGGAUGGGAUGUACUAAGUUAUAUUCCCACCGAUCCACUUCAAACCAGAGACAUAUUUAUUAAGAGUGAAAUCAGUAAGAUGAACAGGAGCACGGUAGAGAGAAUAGGCCACACCAUUGAUGACAUGCUACUCCAUUGCUCCUUCAACAGCAUGAUAUGUAACUCCAGUUUUUUCACACCAAUUAGCAGCACUCGGUUCGGGAAUUGCUACACACUCAAGUCCGACCAGCUCGUCACAACGGUACCCGGACCGCCAUACGGUUUGACACUGGUAUUGGAUAUGGAGACUUACGAAUACGUAAGUCCGUCUAGUAGUGGCAACGGAAUCAAACUGGUGAUACACGAACCAGACUCUUAUCCUUUCGUCGAGGAGCAAGGAGUGAAUGUAGCGCCUGGCAGAACAUCCAUCGGUUUGAAUCGCAUAGAAAUACAGCGAUUGAAACAUCCACAUGGGAACUGUGAAGAUCACAAAGAUUAUGUCAACCAAUACGGGAUUGAGUAUUCAAAGAUGGCAUGUGAGCAGCUUUGUCAAGUGACACUUACACAGGACAUAUGCGGCUGUAUUCCGACUAUUGUGUCAAUUGAUCCAUCCAUCGUCACCAGUUUUUCUAAAUUCUGUGGAACGAUGGACAUUCCAUGUGCUAUACUUGUCAGACAGGCACAAGUGAAAGGCGAUUUGUACUGCCCGUGUACUAACCCGUGUUUAGAGAAUGUUUACACUAAGACAAUAUCGAGUCAUAGCUGGCCCCGACAGGAAUAUCUGAUUCAUGAAAUUAUACCUUUGAUUUGUGAAGAUACAGAACGAGCAAAGAAAGUAGUCAAUAUCACGGGAUACACAUGCGAAGACUUUCUUCUGAUGGAUCUGCCCGAAGACUCCAUUCAAGCCUUCAGGGACAACUUUGUGAAGUUGGAUGUCUAUUUUGAAGACCUAAACUACGAGCACAUAGAGGAGGUCCCUUCUUAUGAUAUAUAUCAGUUUCUCUCGGAUAUUGGUGGAGCUACGGGACUAUUUGUUGGAGCAUCGGUCCUGAGUCUGGUCGAGGUGGUCCAGAUUCUUGUAGAAAUAAUCAAAUAUGCUGUCUGUAGACAUGUAAAAAAGUAGUUCUGAUCCAAUUUUGAAUUCGAUGGGCAUGUAAACCAUGAAAUUUGACCGUGAUAUCAGUUGAUGAUGCCUAUCGAAAUUGCAUAUGGAAUGCAAAGAAUUUAAUCUGACGUUUUCCAACUUUAUAUGGAAGGAAUUGCAUUUUCUUCUUUCAUUCAUUGCAUAAAGGAUGACUUGUUUGACCAAACCGAUUAGUUUGCAUUGUGAGCUAAUUGCCACUAUGACUGUUACUGAACUUUACGAAGGAAAUUGACUCUAGUCUAGCAUAUGUCUGCUGCUCGUCGAUAUGCCUGAUGUUUUGGUUGUCAAGCCUGCUUCCCAUUUUGAGGAUGUGAUUUAACCUGGAUUUGACCUAGAUUUGCAAGCAUAUGAUGCGUAAGUGACACGGAAGACGCUUACUCUGCUAGAACACAUGGUCUUGCUUCCAUAUAUGUUCCUAUCUAAAGAACAAGGAGAAAUACUUUUUGUCCUGUAGUGGUUUACGUUUGUUUAAAGUUAGAGUCAUCAAUUUAUUUACA